AUGGUCUCCUUGAAAGCGCUUCUGGUGCUUACUAUUGUGAUAAUCAGUGCUAUUUAUGCAAUUCCUAUUGAUAACGGUGUAGAAGGUGAACCGGAAAUUGAAUGUGGCCCAACGUCUAUAACUGUUAAUUUCAAUACACGAAAUCCUUUUGAAGGACACGUUUACGCUAAAGGCUUGUAUGAAAAUCAAGAAUGUCGGAACGAUGAAGGUGGUCGUCAGUUAGCUGGCAUAUCAUUACCAUUUGAUUCCUGCAAUGUUGCCAGAACUCGUUCUUUAAAUCCACGUGGAAUUUUCGUAACAGCAGUGGUCGUGAUCACAUUUCAUCCACAAUUUAUUACAAAAAUUGAUCGAGCAUAUAGACUACAAUGCUUCUACAUGGAAGCUGAUAAAACAGUCAGCACUCAAAUUGAAGUUUCCGAGAUGACAACUGCCUUUGCCACUCAACUAGUGCCAAUGCCUAUUUGUCGAUACGAAAUACUUGAAGGUGGUCCAUCAGGGCAGCCAAUUCAUUAUGCCACCAUUGGUCAGCCAGUGUAUCAUAAAUGGACUUGUGACUCUGAAACUGUUGAUACAUUCUGCGCGAUAGUGCAUUCCUGUUACGUCGAUGACGGAAACGGAGAUCGUGUAAAUUUAAUUAAUGAACAAGGUUGUGCCCUUGAUAAAUAUCUCCUGAACAAUUUGGAGUAUCCUACAGAUUUGAUGGCUGGUCAAGAAGCGCAUGUUUACAAGUAUGCAGAUAGAUCUCAGCUCUUUUAUCAGUGUCAAAUUUCAAUCACAAUUAAAGAGCCGAAUGUCGAAUGUGCUCGACCUGAAUGUACUGAACCUCAAGGAUUUGGUGCUACGCAAGCUCAAACCAUCCAACGGUUACUUCGUAAACGACGUGACACAAAUUUACGUUUUGACACUACAAAUACGUUAGACGUGAGAGCCGAAAUGAAUGCUUUAGAUAUUAUGGACGAACAGGACAAUGGUAAUACGGUUGAGAAAUUGAACGUACAACACAAUAAUUUUGUUGAAACAUCACCUGUUCAUUUGGCUCAUAAUCAUGGUGCUUUAUGUUUUUCCAAUGGUACAUUUUCCGCUGUAGUUGCUAUUUGUGGAGCAUUUUUCUGCGCCCUUCUUGUCAUCAUAUCAUUUUUCUUUAGAGCAAAACAAGCUAAAUCAUGA